GAGCAGAAGAUAUAUUUAUUGUAUUUGAAUAUAAAAGACGGACGAUUUCAUUUUACAUGAAACAUAGCUUUUAUUAAACAUUUCGUUGGUCGUAUAAAGAUUGUAGAGUAACAAUAUUCGUUUAUCGUUUGUUGUUUAGCCUCAUAUAAGUUCGCGUAGAUACAAUAGGUCGUAUAUUUAACUCAUGUAAGAUGGCUGAGCCCGAACCAGGUGUAUAUGGCGAACCCGAACCCUCGGUCGAACCCGAACCCCCUUCAGUAGGAUUCGAACCCGAACCCACAUGGACAUGGGCCGAACCCGAGCCCUCGGUUGAACCAGAGUUCCCCUCGGUGGGAUUGGAACCCGAGCCUACAUGGGUAGGAGUCGAACCUGAGCCAUUCAAUCGAACAGGUUUGCCGGAGAUAUACGCGGAACCAGAGGCAUUGUUUGGUCAUACUUCGCACAAAGUCGCACUAGCAGUGUUGGCUGGGGUUUUAGGGUUGUUGAUCGUAAUGGAGAAUAUAAUUUUACUGUGGACGAUAUACAAGGGGAAGCCCCGCCAACUACAAUCAUUUAAUUACUUUAUCGCGAAUCUUGCACUGGCGGAUCUGGUUGGGGGAAUUCAACUUGUAUGGUUCGGUUGUUUUCAUCAAAUAUUGGAUUUCUAUAAACCCGACAUUUAUAUUCUCACCAUGUGUUCGGUGUGGUUGGCAUCGGUGGCUUCAUCAAUAUUCGCGUUGUGUCAUUUCGCGUGGCAUCGGUUAUGCAUCGUGCGGAACCACACGGGGGCGCCAACGUCAACACGUAUGGCAAUAGCAGCGGUUGGCUUAUCGUGGUUGUUACCGAUGUUAAUAUUGGUGGUUCCUCCUUUAGCUGGCUGGAACUGCAGCGGGUGUAUGGGUAUGAAGAGAUGCAAGAAGCAAUGUUCGAGUGUGUUGUACCCAUUCACUCGAGGGUAUACGUUGUUAGUCACUUGUUUGUUGUAUUUCGCUAUCGUGUCGUUGUUCGUUGUAUAUGGGUGGAUUUAUAUGGCUGUACAUAGAACGUUACCACGAGUGAAAAAUAAAGGAAUGCAGCGUCGUGAAGUCUCCAUGAUUAAAACAACAAUGAUUAUCCUUGCAUUGUUCACAAUAUCUAUGCUACCAGUGGCUGUAUUGUUAACUAUUGAUUACGUAACAAUGGAAUAUAAUUCACACCUCAUUGUGGCUUUUCAGAUAGCUACAGUGGUGAGUUUCGUCAACUCGUUGUGCAACCCAUUGUUAUACGCACGAAGGUUACCAAGCAUGAGGGAAGCAGCAUGGAGGUCCAUUGGGUUGGGGGGGAGUGAUAGUAGGGGAGGGUGUAGCGAGGGGAGGAAGAGUGGGGUGCUAUCGGAGGUGGGUCACUGUUGAUGAUGUCAUCAUGUGUUGAUGAUGUCAUAAUAUAUGUUUGUUUAAAAAACGAAGAACCCACCAACGGACACAAUGGAACAAAAUGAAACAACAAUGAACCAACAAUGCCCA